AAACCUUUUUUUUUCAUCUGUUUUUAAGUUCUCAUUUGCCUCUCAGGACUUCCGCAGUAGUUUGUAAGACGACUAAAUGACUGUAGCUCAGACUUGUACUGACCUCAUGAAUAUUCAUAAUGUAAAGAGGAAGGAAUCGUCUUCUUUUAACAGCUUGACUUCUGUCCUCUGCACAGAGGAACAUCACCUUCCUCUCUUGUAAGACGAGACUUGGUUCUUUGAUAAGAUUGAUAUUUCUUGCAUAUAUUUAUCAGCUGAUUGUUUGAUUGUCUCUGGAGUCACACAGAGAGAUGAGAGGAGCAGCUAUGAGUUUAACAGCAGCAUCAAGUGGAUUUGUCGUCCUCCUCCUCACUGUACCAGUGAUACAGGGUCAGAGUGACUGGGGAGUGUUUUACCCUCACACUCACAUCUGUGCCUCUAAAGGAUCAACAGUGGAAAUACACUGCAGCUACAGAUCCCCAUCCAGAAUAGGUGCUUUUGAUACCACAGUUGAGAAAACUCCCUGGUUUACUGAAUUUAGUGACGAUGAACCGGAGUAUCCAGGUCGUGUGCAGUAUGAUUGUCAUACAGGGAACGACUGCACUCUGACAAUCAGAGACCUGAGAGAGAGCGACUCAGCUGAGUACAAGUUCAAAUUCACAACAAACCAACCAGGUGGGAAAUAUACAGGUGAACCUGGAGUCACUUUGUCUGUCACAGACCUCCAGGUGCUGGUGGAAAGAUCAUCAACCCAGACAGAGCUGAAGUGUCACAGCAGCUGUAAAGCAGCUGAUCGUCCUUCAUAUGUCUGGUACAAGAACGGACUGAAAAUGAGGGAGGAAACAUUUUCCCUUAGAGUCUCUGUUAAUGAUGACAACAGCUAUUCCUGUGCUCUUAAAGGACAUGAGGAUCACCGCUCCCCUCCAGUGUAUGCUCCAAAGCUUCUCUCUGUGUCAGUGAGUCCCUCUGGUGAGAUAGUGGAGGGCAGUUCAGUGAAUCUGACCUGUAGCAGUGAUGCUAACCCAGCAGCUAAAUACACCUGGUACAAGGAGAAUGACCGUAAACUUCCCAGUCAACAACCACAGCUCUUCUUCUUCAGCUCCAUCCAGCCCUCUGAGUCUGGAGAGUAUUACUGUACAGCUGAGAAUGAGAUGGGGAGGAGGAGAUCAGCACACAUCUUUAUUGAUGUAAAAUAUGCUCCAAAGCUUCUCUCUGUGUCAGUGAGUCCCUCUGGUGAGAUAGUGGAGGGCAGUUCAGUGAAUCUGACCUGUAGCAGUGAUGCUAACCCAGCAGCUAAUUACACCUGGUACAAGGAGAAUGAAGACUCACCAAAAGCUUCAGGACAGAUCUUCACCAUCACUGACCUCAGACCUGAACACAGUGGGAAUUAUUACUGUGAAGCCCAGAACACCAGAGGACGUCGUAACUCCACCUUAAAUCUGACUGUUGUAGCAGGUAAAUCAGUAUUAAUGAUUAAUAUCAUCAGGUUGACUCUGGUGGUCCUGAUGCUGAUUCCACUGGUCGUCUUGAGUCUGUGGACGAGGAAGAAGAAAACUCUGAGUUUAAACUCUGAACCAAAUGAAGCUGUAAAGAUGAUGGAGGUAGACUCUUGUCCUGGUUAUGAGAACAGCACCACUGCAGCACAGACACAAGAACCAGAGGAGCAGGAAGACCUGGUGUGAAGUUACAGUCAGAUGAUGUUGAAGCAAAGGUGGGACUCACCUGGUGGAAACAGGAAGUAAAACAACAUUGGUUCCAGCUUUAAAGAUUUUUCUGUUCAUUUUCAUCUUAUUAUUUUAUUUAGCAGCUAUGAAGACAGACAAAGUUUGAAUCUGGUCCUUCACAUUUCUUCUUUAUACCUUUAAAUUGUAGCUCAUUAUUUUGUUGCUUCACCUUUUGGAGGGAAUUUUUUUCUUCUCAUCUAGUUGUAGUUUCCAAAUGCUGCCAGUAGAUGUAAGUAAAGAGUUAUAUUUUAUUGAUAAUACACCAGUUCCACUGUCAGUUCCUCUUCUGUCUGUGUAUACAAUAUCUCCAUCAGGUUCUUUUUCUUCCCUGAGUUUUCUUUAACCAGUUUUUAUUAUCACAGCUGCUUUAUUGUGAGUUAUGAAUCUAUUUUCAUUCUCAUUUUUGAAUUGUUUCUAUUGCCUUACCUGCUCAUUACAAUAAUCUGUUGUUCUUGUAUGGUGUCCUCUACAUACAUUUUAAUCUAUUGAUAUGAAAAUGAUUUAUUUUAUCAUUAUAUAUUUUUUCUUUUUCUAUAUUUUAAUGUCAUUUACAACAUUAAUCGUCAUUGAAUGUACUAUUUUAUUCCAUUUUAAAUCUUUCUUUGAUGUGUCUUUCUUUAAUGUUAACUUUUCUUGCAUCUGUCUUUGUGUUUUGAAGGAGACUGUUUUGCAUCUUUUUGAGAUGAGAGAGAAAACUCUCUCCAACACAGAGGAAGAAAUAAAAAAAUGUCUUUU